AUGCCUAACCAAUACAAGAUCACCAUCGUGAACAACACCGGGGCUCCCCAGAACUACUGCUUCUUCUCUGCUUCCCCAAUCGUCUCCGGUGGCUCCUCGGGCGAGAUCUGGAGCAACAUCCUCAAGGCAGCCAACAAUACCCCAAAUGGCGCAAGAGCGUCCCUAGACAUCUGGGCAAACUACUACGCCAUCUGCGGUAACUAUGAGGGAAAGCCCGAGCAAGGCGUCCGCGUCUCCGUGAGCAAGUCGGUCCCUGUCACCCUGGGCUCUAAGAACUCCGGCAUUGUCAUGAUGGGAUCCACCGUUGCUCUCAAUGUUAUCGAGAAGGAGACCUGCGAUCUCGGUCCUCCCAGCAACCCCGGUGGCGGCAAGAUCGGCAACUUCCAGAUGACUACCGCAUCCAACCAAUUUACCUACCAGGAUGCUGUCAACAGCAAUCUCAUGGUUGGUAUCGCCAACUCGAAAGAUGGCGACAUCUUCCACGCCAUGGGAACCUUCACCCCGUACCCCAGCUCGACCUACCAGAUCCAGCCCCAGAUGAUCUACCAUGUUGCCACUGGCUCAAAAUUUGAUGCUGGCCAGCUCGUCAAGGUGGAACAGCAAGGCUCCACCAUGGCGGUUGAUUUCAACCAGCGUGGUACCAACAACGUUGUUCUCGUUCACAAUGAGCAGAUGCAGUUCGAAUUCGCUUAA